AUGCCGCUGGAGGAGCUUCAGUUUGAUGAGAAGGAAUCCCCUGGUGUCCCAGGAAUCUCUGGCGCGUAGCACUACCACAUCUUCGUCGGAGAUUUGA